UUUACUCCACAUGGUGAUAAUUUAAGGCAAAAUAUGCUGCUGUUAUUAAAACAAACCUGUAAAGAAACCCCCUCUGGGAGUUGAGAGGGACUAUCAAAAGCAGCAGUUUUGGGAAAGAGGAGAUUGGGAGGGAGAAGACAAUCAAAGGCUGCUAUUUUAAUCUGGCCUGCCUCGGAGAUUAGCCGGCCACAUUGUUUUAAUUGUUUUAACUGGAGGGAAUGAAACGCUCGCUUAUUGGUGGUUCCUUGGGCAUAAAUCUCUCAAGUUCAAUAGUUUCAAAAACUUGAGCUCCUUGCCACCCCUCCUCUCUUCUCUCAGCCUACCUAAUCCCGGCUAAUACCUUUCUUUCUAUUGGCUAAUGGCGGAGGGGAGCAUGGGUAAAUGCUUCUUAAAUAGUCGAGGGGUGAGAAUGGGUUUUUCGGAGAAUUAGAUCCGUGCCAGGACAAAGAGCGCAGGUGGGAGUCAGACCAGGCCUAAAGCGGAGUAAAAAAUUAUUUCCGACUACAAUUUUGCUAAAUUGAUUUCCGAGCUCGGAGGCGAACCUGGACCUGACGUCUGCGCGGGAUUUCAGAGUCCACCAUGUACUCUUUGAAUUUCUGCGGGACCCCCGGUGCCGCUGCCGCGCACCCCUACCAGGAUUUGAACCCCACGAUGUUGGACCUCCGCCGGCAGGUGGCGGAGCAGUACCGCGCAUACUCCGCGGUAGGCCCGCCCGCUCACACCUUCACCAUGGCGGCGGAAAGGCUUGCAGAGCUUAUCCUGGAAGCUCGCUACGGCAACCAACAGAAGCAGCGCCGCAGCCGCACCGCGUUCACAGUGUCACAGCUGCAGGCUCUGGAGAAGGCCUUCCAGCAAACACAAUAUCCAGAUGUUAACAUCAGGGAAAGGCUGGCCAUGUGCAUCAACCUGCCUGAGGCCCGCAUUCAGAAUUUAUGGGGUUACAGCCCAGCAUUAUAUAACAGUUAUACUGUAAUCUGGAUAACACAGUUUGGUUCAAAAACAGGAGGGCAAAGUUUCGUAAAGGUCAGAGAUGCUCCACCAGCACAAGAGACCAAAAUCUAGAUGAAAAUCAACAUAACAGGAAAAUGGGUCAGAAGAAAGAGAGGAUUGAAGAGGAAAAAGACACCGCAAUGUCACAGGCUGGGAGUAACAACCCACUUCCAAAUGGUUUGGAUGAAACCAAGGAUUUGGACUCUGAUACCUCUCAAUUUUCCCUGCAACUUCACUCUCCUCCACAUGUCCCCUUUGUGUCAGGGGUCCACUACAGUCAGCCGCCUCAUCAUCCUGCUCUGUUUCCUGAUGUUGUCUUUCCCCCAUUAUUUUGGCCCACCAUCCAACAGCACAGCUCUCUCUUGGCAGGAUCUACAUUCAGUUACAAGAAACUGUAGUCCCUUUAGGCUGCAUGCUAAAACUGUGUGCCAUCCUCAAAUGAGAUGCUCCUUUUGUGCUAAAUCAGUCUGUGAAAUCAGUCUGUGUGGAGAACAGAUUCUUACAUCCAAAAAAAAUACAGAAGAAAUGAAUGACCAAAUACUUUUUAAGUCAAUUAGGCAUUAAUAUGCCUUAGGAGUAUCAAAACUUUUGUCUGUAAGGAUCAGCAUCCACAGAUUCGACUUGUGUACCAUAGCAACACUAUGAGCACUAUGGCAUAAAAUGUGAAAUAAAAUUAUUUGCACCUUUUUUUGAAAACUCAAUUGUCUUUGUUUAAUAAAGUUUUUUAAGAAAUACCACAGUAGGAUAAGGCUCUCAAUGCUUUAUUUCUGCCUGCUUUAAAAGAAAUCUUUUUUUGAACAGUAGAAAAAUUAUAAUAUAAGCACAACAUUGUUAGAUCUCCUUUUUGUAAUUUAAAAAACAACAAUUAUCUCCUUUUGCCUCCUGUUCUAUUGUGUACAUUUUUAAUUAAUGAAAACACAUUAAACGUCUGCCUGUUCAAGGAGUG